GCUCACUUGCCUUCUUCUUGCUGCAGGAGGAGCGUGGCUGGCUCUAUCGGCAAGCUUUAUCGGCCCACUGUAGCGCGGAUGAAGAAUGCCAUGGACGAAGAGGCCGAAGAACCGACCGGCAGCUUGUGGUUGGGGGGCCUGCUGCGCUCUGCUCACCAGAUUUGAUCGACACAACGAGAGGACGGGCCGGAAAAGGCCCACUCCGCAGCCUCGGCGACGACGGCAGCAGAAAUUUGGGAGGCGGGGCGGGGCCACAAUUUGGCGAGCGAGCGAGGCAGGCGAUGAGGAGGCGAGGCGAGUCCGGCCAAUUCGAGCCAUGCCAGAGGAGCUUCGGGAGAGUGGCGAGAGGGCAGCGGCGGUGGCAAUCUGUCUGAACCCCAUUUAUUUGCGGCUUCAUGAGUUUUCGGUUGGUCACGACUCCGGGGGCCUAAAUUUGGCGUUCCCGGACGGGCGUGAACUGCUUUUGGGCAGAGUGGCAGGAGCAAAAGCAGGCCCUCGCACGCGACACCAUUAUGACUUCCCUUUCUUGAUGACGCCAGGCGAUCGAGGCUCCAGCACCAGCGCCUUCUUCUUCGCCCCGGUGAGUGUCCGCACUCUCCCUUCGGGCGCUCGGAAAUUCGCGUCGUCUUCCACUUGUGCUCGCUCCUGGGCUUGGUCCGACGCGAGCCCCUCUUCUGCCAGUAUCGAGCGGGGUCCUGAAUGCGAUGCAAAAUAUCUGCACUUUCGAAGGAUCAUCACUCGCAUUCUCUCUCCAUUCAUCACUCCUCAGUAUUGUUCUCCGCUCAACAUCGGAACACCUACUCUCUGCGAGCUUGUUGUGUACAAUUCCCUGACCACUGCACCUCCCACUCCGGGUGUUGACUUUUUUUCCAACGCUACGAGCAGCUUCAGUUCACAGUUUGGAACAGGCUGGUGAAACUAGAGGAGCCGAACAAAUGAGGCCUAUGUGUAAAUGUGUAAAUGUUAGCAGGGUGCUCAAUGGGCGAUCAUUGGACUGAGCCGACAUCUCUACUCCGUGCGAGUCGGGUUGUUCCAUCCGUCGUUGAUGUGGUUGGGCUGCCUCAUAGUCAGAAGUCGAGUGAAUCUAAAGAAAGCUUUAGAAGCUUUUUUCUGGGACGAAGAUGGCUGGAUGGUGGAAGAUUCAUUUUGCGGAAGGGUGGGCACGUUGAUCGGUACAAUGGGCUACAAGUGCUUCUUCCAGUGUCUGAAAAUUCUGCCUCUGCUACAUCGUCCGUAGUUUCAAGAAGAACUGGGAGUGUAAAAUUCUCACCCGCCUUCGUUCCGACAGGUUCCGUAGUGAACUUGUGUCAAGAUUUUCCUUGUCAGCCCACAAUAUUAGAAGAGGAGUUCGAUGUUGCUGUGAGGGAUGUGAACGGAUUGGUUCUGCAUACCAGUCCUGUUCUUGGAUUCUUUGAUUCACAUCCAGAAUUUUCUCUUCAAUUCUAUCACAAUUUACCGGCAUGGGGUUGCGGGAUUGUUGAUAAGGGAAGAGCCUUAGAUAUGGGUGGGUCGCAGAAGCCCACGAGAGGUAAGCUCCACUGUAUAGCCGCGGAAGGCGUAGCUGGAGAAACCGAAAGAACGAAUCUCAGGACAAAGAGGACAAACAGUCCUAUUGAGGAAGACAUUGAAAAAUAUGUGUGUUAUACCUUUGCAACUGAUGCACCUGAUGGGUGGAUCGAGCCAAAUUCGAAUGGCCUGUCCUUUAAAGAAGCUUUGGCGUAUUUCUCAGGUGGUGGCUCUAAGCGAAUCGAUGCUUUGAUUCCAACUGAAGCGAGUGUUGCAAUGGAAUCAAGCAGUAGUUUUUCGGUGAGGAACUUAGGAUUGGAGGAGCAUCAUCUGAAAGCAAGUGAGUUCUCGGACAGAGAAGAAUUCGCGAAUGGGAAAGUAGCCACGGACCUGCUUUCAGGAUAUGGAAGCUGGGACCAGACUUGUGCAACGAUGCAGAGUGAAAGCGAGGGCAGCUACGAAGUGGGAUCCUCACCUGUAUUUGAUGAAAGCUUUUACAUGGACCCUACGAAAAUGAAAGCCGAGCUGCAUGCAACAUCGGAUGCAAUGGACGAGAUGGUAGGUAAAGUGGCAAUCAAGCUCAUGGUAGCCGAAGCUGUCUUGAGGGGCAUAGCGAGUGCAGUGGAGGUAGAUGCCUCUGAAGCUGUAGACGUCAUAGAGACAGAAUUGCUGAAGGUUAAGCGCGAGUUGCAGGACAAAGAUUUAACAGUCAUCAAGCUCAUGAACACUUUGAAACAGAAGGAAGAGGAACUUGUCAAAUUUGUAGAGGACAGCAGAUCUAAAGAGCGUCGUCUAGUCAUGGACAUGUUGACAGAAAGGGAGCGCAUUCUUGGAAAGGUCAAAGAAAGUGACAAGUAUGUGGCGCAGAAGGAGAGGGAGCUGCUUAAGAUGGCAGAACACAUGGUUGAGCUCUCAUUAAACUUGGCGGCUGAGAGCAAAAGGGUCAAUAUCCUGGAGAAACAAGUGAGAGAAGCCAAAGACGCAGAGGCGGUAAAAGGAAGGGAGUUGUUAGCAAUGAUGGAGAAAACCGAGCAAUUCAGAUCAGAAAAGGAAACAAUUGUAGAGAUGGUGAAACGAGAAGCCAGGCUUAAGGAGUUACGUCUGACAGAGAGUUUGGAUGAGAAGGAGAAAGUUCUCAAUAAGCACCUGGAGACAAUUAGGACUCUAGAAACUCAAGAACAAAGUCUUAGGAAAGAGUUGGAUGCCCACAUCCAGAAGGAGCUACAAUUGUCCGAGACUUUGGCUGAGAAAGGGAGAGUCAUCAGUCAGCAAGUACAGGUAAUGAGUACUUUGGAAACUAGGGGUAAACAACUUAGUGAAGAGCUGGUUGUCCGAAGUCAGAAGGAGCAAGAAUUGACUGAGAUCAUAGCUGAAAAGAAAGAGAUCAUCAGUCAGCAUCUUCAGGCAAUAAGUACUCUGAAAGCUGCAGAACAACAACUUAGAGAAGAGUUGGAUGGUUGGACCCAGAAAGAGCUACUAACAACCGAGAGUCUGGUGGAGAAGGUAACUUUGGUGAGCGAGCAUGUAAGGAGUCUCGAGUCUGCAGAGGAGGACCUCAAAGAGCAGCUCUACAGCCAGAGCAUGGAGGUGCAGAGUCUGACCGAGAGCUUAUCUGGAAAGGAAGAGCAGCUCAAGAAGUACGUCGAGACCAUCAAGUCCUUAGAGCUUGCUGAGAUGGAGCUCAGGGAGUUAGUGGAGACUCAGAGCCAAAAGGAGCGUUUUUUGAUGGGAGACUUGCUGGAGAAGGAUGAACUGAUCCGUAAGCAGCUUACCACCAUCACAACAUUAGAAUCUUCUGAGCAUGGACUGAGGAAGGAGGCUCAAGAACUUCGCGAGGAGGUUAACAAGUUGUUGCAGUCCGGCAAAGAUACUUUAGAGGUCCUUAAUAAAGUAAGGGAUGCAAUCAAGUUCCAUGCUGAAACUAUAGAGGAGAAAGACAGAAGUCUGAGAUUCUUACAGGGCGAGAUUGAACUUCUUAAUUCCAAAAUCGAAGACCUGAGUUCAUCAAAUUCAAUCCUUACCGAGAAACUCAAUGGCCACAAACUGGAGGCAGAAAGUCAGCGGCACCAAAUCGUGGAACAAGAAGCAGUAAUUCGGGAGUCAGAUUUUCGCUGUCAAGAGUUGUCUCUUGCCGAGAAACGCUUGCAGGAUGAACUUGCUGCCUUGAAUUCGAAAGUCCUUCAGUAUGUGGUUGCCGGCCAGCGGGCACAAGAAGAGCUGCGGGAGCAGAGCUGGAAGCAGGAAGCCGAAAUAUCUCUGAUUAUGACCAUAAUGGAAGGCAGAGUUGUGGAUAUAGAGAGGGAAAUAAAUCUACUUGGUGAAGAGUCGGCAAGGAACCAGGCGGAGACAGUUACGUUCAAAUCGCAAACUUUGCAAAAGAGAUACUUGGAAUUCAGUAACUUGCGCUCUUCGAAAGCGGCUUUGGAAGCAAAAUUGGUGGAUGCUCAAGCUGCUAUAAAACUGCUGGAAGAGAUUACGAGGAAGGAUGUUGAGGAGUUGGCCAACAAGGACCUUUUGUUACAACAAGCAGCGAGUAGGAUCUCUCAGCUUGAAGAAAAGCUGAUCGUGAACGAGAAACUUUCUCAGGGAUUACAGAAGGAAAUGGAAGAGAUGAAAUUCCGUGAUGAGAAUUUGACGAAGCAGCUGAGGGUUUCUGAAAGUACAGUUCAGCAGGUGCGACAUGAUUUAGAGACCAUCACUUUCCAGGAGCAGGAGGUAAGAGCCCGGGAGCUUCAGCUACAAAACUUGGUGGAGGAUCUUGAAGGAAAAGUGUGGAGGCUCGAGUUUGAAAACACUUUCAUAAGUUCCUACAUGGGAAACGCCUCCCAAGAUGUCCUGAAUCUUGUCGCGAAUGUCAACAAACGCUUAUCCACCAGUUCGAAGACACUGGUUCUUUUGCAGCAUGACUUGGAGGCAGCUGGUAUUGAGCUUAGCAAGAGUAGAAACGAGAUGGAUAGUCUAAGGUCCACCAAUUUGGAUCUUUCUGCUUCUGUGGAGAGGAUGCAAAACAAGGUUGAGAGCUAUGCAGUGGACAUGGCUGAAGCUAAAGCGGGAUUACACGACCAAAGUGCGAAGUCAGAGAGAAUGAAAGCUCACGUUUGUGAGUUGCAGUGUCAGAUAGAGGGGUUACAGGACGAGCUAGAGUUUAAGUUGUCAAGAAAGGAGGAAGAAGCCAUGCAGCUGGUGUCGAGCAUAGAAGAGUGUAAUUGGCGAAGCGAAGUAGAGACCUUCAUUGUCUUAGGUCUGGCAGAGGGAUCUAUCCAGAAGUUAAUGGAGAGUUUGUGUCAUGCACGAGAAGAGAUCAGGAACAAAAGUGAAGAUUUAGUCAGUCUUCGUCGCGAAUUUGAAGAGCUGAGUCAGAAAGUGAGAGCUCAGUCGUCUGGUAUAUCCGAGUUGAAGAUGGCUCUUUCAAAUAAAACGCAAGAGCUUUGUACUUUCAAAACAGAUUUUGUGCUCCAAAAUGCCAUGCAAAGGGACGCUCUUGUACAAGAGCAAUCACAGGCUAAAGAAGCCCUGAAAAAGAUAGAGGAGCUGAAGAGGAUGAAAUUGACGCUACUUGACAGAAUACAAGAAGAGAAGUUGAGAUGGGCUCAGCUCGAGGAGGCAUUGGCAGAACAGAAGUUGAAGUACCAGGUUGAGAUGGAUAUAGUUAGCACGGUCAUGUAUGAGGCUGGGGUAUCUGUGACAGCAAAGAACUUGGAGAGGGAUGCUGAAGUAGCGCGUCUGUUGCACAACCAUGCACCUAGUGAGGAUUUCAAGAUAGCAGAUACAUCAAGGAAUUUUGGGUCUGGAACUGAUUCAACGACUUGUUCUAUAAAGGGAAAACCUAGCAGAUUAAAGAUGGAAACCAAAGUUAGUGGUUCGCCUCUCUCGAAAGUAGAGCUGUUGGUACGGAAGAAUGAAGAGCUUCGUAGAGAGAAGGAGCAGCUUUUGACGCAGAAAACUGACGAGAUAUACAAGCUGAAGCGGGAAUUCUACAAAGAGUUGGAAAGAGUCAAGGGAGAGAGGAGAAAAGAUUACGAAUCAGAUGGCUCGCAAAAGGAGUCACCAAAGUCCAAAUCCACAAAGCCUAGGCAGCAAGCGUUUAUCGGACCAGACGUCAAGCCAAAUGACGCCGUUGCAAAAUUGGAGAAGGUCGUUCUAGAUCAUGAAGGGAAGGUUUCCGAAAUGAGAGGAUUUUGGGAUGCGGAGAAGUCUGCCUUGCUGGAUUCUCUAUCUCAAAAAGAGAAUGAAAUCAAGGAACUGGUAUCCAAAUUGUCCUCUCAAAGCCAAGCUCAGAGAUCUGAUGAUUUUGCGCAGUUUGAGAAGGUCAUAGCAGAUAAUGAGAGAAUGGUUUCUGAGACUAGAGCUCUGUGGGAUACUGAGAAGUCGACUUUGCUGGAGUCUCUUGCUCACAAAGAUGACGAAAUCAAGGCACUGGUAUCCAAAUUGUCUUCCCAAAGCCAAGCUCAGAACUCUGACGACUUUGCGAAGUUUGAGAAGGUCGUAGCAGAUAAUGAGAGAAUGGUUUCUGAGAUGAGAGCUCUGUGGGAUGCUGAGAAGUCGACGUUGCUGGAGUCUCUCGCUCAAAGAGAUGACGAAAUUAAGGAACUGGUCAACAAGCUGUCUCUGAAAGACGAAGUUCGGUCAAGUGACGACUGUGCAAAGCUUGAGAAAGUUGUUGCGUAUAUCGAAAGGAAGGUUGCUGAAACGAGCGCUCGGUGGGACGCUGAGAAGUCGAUGUUGCUGGAGUCUCUUUCUAAAAGAGAUGAAGAAAUCAAGGAACUAGUGAGCAAGUUGUCACUGGAAACCGAAGCUCGGUCAAGUGAUGAUUACGGAAGGCUUGAGAAGGCUGUAUCGGAUCUUGAAAAGAAGGAUUCUGAGAUGAGAGCCCUUUGGAACACUGAGAAGUCUGUUUUUGAGAAACAAAUCCAGGAACUGGGAAGCAACUUAAUUCAGGCUCUUGAGAGAGAAAGAGAGUGCUUGGAGGGACAAGCAAGGUUGGAGGAACGUCUUGCUGCUGUUGAGAUCGAGCGGAGUCGAUUGAAAGCCAUGCAUGAGCAAGAGAUGGAGAACGCAGCAUCAUGCUUCAUCAAAGAUCUGGAAGUCAAGACUCGUCAGCUUAGUGAAGCUAUGAAGGAUGCCCAAGAAAAGAACAUGCAGGUAGUGGAGCUGGGUGACGUGGUCAGACGUGUGAACAACGAAGUUUCAGUCUUGAAAGCUGAAAUAUCGUCAGUACGUCAGAAGAUGGAAAUUGGAUUCGCCGAGGAGGUCCAGUCCUAUAUUGCAUCAGUCCAGCAACUGGAGAGGGGUGUAACUCAUAGAACGAAGCAAUACAAUCUGAGGCUGCAACGAGCACACAGCCUGCUCAACCAUCUAGUAAGGCAAUUCAGCUUGCUUGCUUCGAGUGAAACAGUCCACAUGCAAAACCUUCAGAACCUCACAAAGGCCGAAGCAGAGGUUGACUUGCUUGGGGACGAAGUUGAUGCAUUGAUGGAAGUACUGGAGAAAGUGUAUACAGUUUUGAGCCAUUAUCACCCUGUUAUUCAGCUUUAUCCAGGGUUGGCAGAUCUUGCGAAGGUGGUCAGAAAUGAGGUUCUCCAGCGCCUUCGUGAUUCGAAUGAUGUAUCAUUGUAACCUGCCAGCGCGGGUCAUUUUUGCUUUGUCAAAUUCAUCUGUACAUUAGGACUUGAGUCAGUGUAACAUCAUUUGCUCCUUGGGCUGUGGGAAUUGAAAAUGCCCCCGUCUCACAUCCCUGUGUGGGAAAUUUUUCAUGUGAUAUACAAAAGGCCAGAAGUUGUAGAAUAUGGAGAAGUAGGCUGCUGCUCGAUGAGGAGACCUGAAGUGGGAAAUCUAGCUAAGCUACCCACCCUGCCUUCCUACCUGAUCAAAAGAAGGGUUUGGAAAUAUAUGUUCAAUAAAUUUUUGACUUUUCUUUGAACCUAAGUGUACAAGUCUGGCAUUAUUC